AACUAAGGCUACAAAAACAAAUUUGAUGAACGGCGACUUGUAAUAUAGCCUAAUUACUUGAACUCAACUCUACCAAAUUUGUUUGCAUACGACUCUGAGAAAUGCUGGUAGUAAUAAUUAAUUAAUUAAAUGGAAAUUUUUGUUCAUUAAAUUUGAUAUUAAAAACAUGAAGAUAGAUAGAACGCGCGUACAGAUUUUUGAGCAUACAAUUUCUGUCAAACAAGUACAGUGUAAUUCUAUUCUUGUGGCCUAAAUUAUCAUUACGGUCUAGAAAUUUUUCCGGGGUGAAACGAUUCUGUCUGCAACAGAUGUUCGCGCCUCCGAGGCGAGCUCGUUCGCUAACAUAAUUACAUUACAACAAAUUGUAGCAAGUCUUCACUACACUGCGUCAUGUUGGGAGACGAUUCAGACGAAGGCAACGCGAAGAGUUGCCAAGUUGUCGUUCUAGUCGAAAGCUACGCCGUGAUGAGCCUCGAGUAUCCUCGCCUUCUCGACAACUACGUCAAACCGGCCGUAAGAGCGCUCAGUGAAAGUCGUGAAGACGGAAAUCAUGGAAAUCGGGUGUAUAGCAAACGUACAUUCACUCUCGUGGCAGUCAAUCCAGUCUCUUUCCGGCUGAAGCCCGUCACCACGAUUCUUGUUCACACUAUGGAUGUAGAGCAGUUCGACAAGGCGCUCACGUCUGUUCAUUUCAGUGGAGGCGGAGUCGAGUGUUCUUGUCAUUGGGCGGAAGGACUAGCAGCUGCUAUGGAGAUUUUUGAUGAACUUGAGAAAGAUGAUCUGAUGAAGGAAACGAGUGUGACUAGACAUUGCUUGCUGGUCGCAUGCAAUCCCCCUUACAUAACAGCAGUCACACAAAAUGAUUCGUAUUCCGGGUAUACUGUCAUGCAGCUGGCCAAGAUGUUGGGAGAAAAAUCCAUCAGACUGUCUUUAAUAUCAGCUAGAAAGCAUCAUGGUCUCAUAGAGUUGCAUUCAGAGGCUUGUGGGGCGCAUCCUAAUGAAUUACCUCAAGCUGUGUCUGUAUCAUUCGCCGACCUUGUGCUUUUACAAGGUUUUCAACUGCCAGUGCCCAAAAAGAUGGAAGCACCCAAAGUUUCGCUCGAGAAACAGUUUGCUUCCACUGUGGCUCCUCCUUUAGAUGUUAAAUGUGAAUUCAUCAGUACUGCAGCCGUCGAAUGUGAAAGCAUCCAGAGUCGGGCUAAUCCUGGCUUACAAACACAGGGGGCAAUGCGGUCGAGUGUAUCGUUGUCUGCAAUUGCGGCUGCAAAGACUGACGUUGUAGCAUCACAUCAGGCAACACAAACUCGACCUAACCAAGUUGUACCUCCCGCCUUUAGCAUCAACUCAUCCAUGAAACCACAGUUGGUGUCUAGUGCCUCAUCUGUUACUGGAUCAGCAAUGUCCAUGCUGUCUUUCACUCAGUCUGCUGUUCCUCGCUCUGUUGUAUCACAACCGGCAACUCAAAGCGUUUCGUUUUCUGUUAGUAAUCCGGCUGCUACACACAAGCCUGGUCUUACAAACCCGUCAAGAUCUCUCAUACAAUCUGCACAAUAUCCAGCAUCUGUUUCCGAUAAUUCGAAUUUGUUGAUUCGAACGAUGCCUCAGAAUCGACCCGUUGUGCCUACGACGUCCGUCAUGUCUCAACCAAUGCAGCAAGUGCAGAGGCAAGUUGCAUGGUCUGGAGCACUGGAAUGGCACGACACGAGUGUUGCUGGCGCACGAACAGUACGUACUCUGCUCACAUCUGUGUUAGCUUCACCCGGUGAUAAUAUACGAACUACUGGAUGGCCGAAAAAGCUCUCGAUGAUGCUUAUGCAUGUAAAGAUACUUGCAAAUGUCUUGCCACUGAUGAAAGCUCACAAGGCCAUCUAUUUCAAACCGCAGCUAACGCCCGACUCGACUCCGUUUCGAGUACUCUAUCAUGCUCUCACUCAUGCCAUGAUCGGCUUGAUCAAUGUACAGUCUCCGGUGUCUGGAGUGUAUCUUGUUGUUUUAUUGUGGAACAGCCAGAAACGAGCACUGAUGGGAAUUAUUCCAAAUGAUCAGACCAAUGUGAUGAUGAAAAUCAAGGCAGCAGUUCUUCAACAAGCGAGACCUCCACAGUCCCAAGAACCGACUGUUAGAACCAUGACCUCGUCGUCAACUUCACAAGUCCGUUUACCCGAGACUCAAACUUCCCGGUCAACUAUGCCCAUGACCAGAGUGCCUCCUUCAUUGGCAAUGCUGGCGCCACAACCACAACACAUACCGUCUCAGAGGUCAGUUGCUCCCACACAGUCAGCUAUUCCUUUAUAUCUAAAAGGUGUGAGACUUCCUGCACAAUCUCAGGUGAGGGAUCACCAUCGAUUAGUACAACAACACCAACAACAACAACAACAGCAGCAACAGCAGCAGCAGCAGCUGCGUCACCAUUUGCAGCCACAACUGAUGCAGCCUUGCAUUCAGCAACAUCAGCACUCCACCGUCCCUCUGCAACAGCAGCCACAAGUAAGCCGUCAGCUCACUGCGUCCAACCCUACCACACCUUACCACAGAUGGCAACAGCCGCCGUCUAGAGCGAAGCUGUGUGCCGGGGCAAUGUAUCAACCCCAAAUGCAGCCAGAGGUCGAUAUCGAUUCUCUGCUGCAACAACCGCUGCAGCAACAGCAACAGCUACAGCUAUCGGCAGGUGCAAUGUAUCAAACCCAAAUGCAGACAGAUAUCGAUAUCGACUCUCUGCUGAGUAGCGUCUAGUACACAAUGGAUUCCUAUACACUUAAUACACUUCAUGGGCCGAGUGUUCCUGAAAUUCAUAGACAAUGCUAUGUGUUGUCAGUCUGCUUGUACAUAGGACGUGCAAAUUUAGUGCUAAUUGAAUUGUGUGGAUUCGUCUUUGACAAUUUGGUAUGUUUAAUUAAAACAUGAUUGUUUGAUUA